GUGCUCGUGAUUGGCGUGAUGCUGUAUCUGAAAAAGCAUUUCGAUCGCAUCUAUCAGGCAGUGGACCGGCGAGUCACGAAUGCCCAACAACCAGCUGCUGCUGCUGCUGCUGUUGCUGCUGCGGCUGCUGUGCCAGGUGUUCAGCAGAACAACGUACCUGAGGCACCGUUACUGCAACAGAAUGCACCGGACAUGGGAGAGCAUACGCCGGCCACCGUAGCACCAUCAGCCGAAGAGAACAAUCAACCGGAACGUGCCGCCGGAACUGAUGCAUCGUCAAGUGGCAGUAGCAGCACCGGUAGCCGGCCAACCUUGCCUCAUCCUCGCACAGAGCUUGCAGCCAGUGGCAACAACCGGGCUGCAGAGGUACCGGUAGCCCCAGAACAGCGAGAGCCCGCUGGCACUGAGGUGACGGCGCCAAACAAUAUGGAAGAGGUGGCCGCCGAAGGCCAACGAAUGACGUUCAACGAUAUGACGUCUUUCCUGGGCACACUGGUGAUUACGUUUUUCACCUCCAUCAUCCCGGAUACGCCGGCUGCCUAAAGAGCCGCUGAUGGCAAACCGUGAUGGUUCUGUACAGAUUGGCAAAAUAUCGCGCCCGCGACCAUUCCAGAGGAAGGGCGCCGUGUGCGACACGUGUGCGAUUGUGCCUCACGUCUUGAAGACACUCGCAAACACUUUGUUGUUUCGUUUUUAAUUUUGUUCCGGCCCUACCUGUACCUCCCCACCCCCAUCCCCUGCACUGUGUCCGGUGUCCUUUGUAAUCCGUUUUCUGCUUAAUGUUAUGUACACCUAACAUGUAGAGAUAUGCAUAAUUAUAUUUUGCUAGCCAUGUGCGUUCAAUGGAUGUAAGUCAGUAAUGUACACGUUUCAAACAAUUAUGCGUUUGGAACGCCAUAACUGUUUCGUUCGAUUUCGUUGGCCAUGCGGACAGAUUUUCAAAUUCACCCCCUUUUUCGUGUUAAGGAUUACGACCCGUGCUAUCUGUAGUGAGCGCGUUUCCCGCUGGAACGGAGAAGUGCGAUAUGACGGUAGCGGUUGAUGGUGCUGAAUGUGAAUUACAAAAAAAUGCAAAAAAAAAAAAAAUAACAAUGAUCUACCACGUUUAUGUUAGAUGUUAGGACAGAUUAAGGAGAAAACGGAGUUGAUGGCUUUAAUGUAAGUGUAACAUACGUGUAGGGAUGGAUAGUUGAUCGUUAGGAUCGUGUCGUUAAACUAAAAUAAAAAUAUUCUCCCACAAAUGAA